AUGCGCCUCGCCGUCACCGACACAAAUCAGACACAGUUAUUAAAGUGUUCUAUUAUCUUGUUUUUCACUUUUGUCUUCAAUUUGUUAACCUCACCUGCUUAUGCCCUCAACAUAGGUGCUGAAACCACUGGAGUAGCUGUUUCUGUUAGCAAAGAGUGUAGCAGACAAUGUGAGUCAAGUUUCUGCUCAGUGCCUCCAUUGUUGAGAUAUGGAAAGUAUUGUGGACUUUUGUAUAGUGGAUGCCCUGGUGAAAAACCUUGUGAUGGCCUUGAUGCAUGUUGUAUGAGCCAUGAUCAAUGUGUCACUGCCAAAAACAGUGAGUUCUUUUUAUAUAUAUUGUGUCUUCUUAAUAGAAUUUGGAUUUGAGUCUAACUCAACUCAAAAAAAUAGCUCAGAGAAUUAGA